ACCAGCUUGCGAAACAUCAUAGGGCGGCGCUCCUUGUAGCGUUCGCGACUUUGUGUUUCCCGCUUGUACUGUCGAACAAUAACCCCUGUCACCUCGUAUCGAUAAGGACAAGAGAGAGCGGAACAGAAAAUAAACUAAGAAGAAAGGACCUUCCCCCGGUGGGAAAUAGAUCAAGAUGGCUGGUGGAGGUAAUAUCAAGGUGGUGGUGCGAGUGCGGCCGUUUAACAGCAGAGAACUCGACCGCAAUGCAAAAUGUAUUAUCCAGAUGAAAGGGAACCAAACGGUUCUCAUUCCCCCUCCCGGAGCCGAUGAUAAAUUAAGGAAGGCCGGUGGGAAAGGUGCUGUGGAAGGACCGAAAGCGUUCGCCUUCGACCGGUCGUAUUGGUCUUUUGACAAGAAUGCCCCGAACUACGCCAGCCAGGAUAACCUCUUCAGUGAUUUGGGUGUGCCCCUAUUGGACAAUGCUUUUCAAGGCUACAACAACUGUAUUUUUGCCUACGGUCAGACGGGUUCCGGAAAAUCGUACUCGAUGAUGGGGUAUGGCAAGGAGUAUGGUGUGAUCCCCCGGAUUUGCCAGUCCAUGUUCGAGCGCAUCACGGCGAUUCAGCAGGACAAAAACCUCAGCUGCACGGUGGAAGUGUCCUAUCUCGAAAUCUACAACGAGCGUGUGCGCGAUCUGCUCAAUCCCUCGAACAAAGGAAACCUCAAGGUCCGCGAGCACCCGUCCACGGGUCCAUAUGUGGAAGACCUGGCUAAACUGGUCGUGCGCUCCUUCGACGAGAUCGACAACCUGAUGGACGAGGGUAAUAAGGCUCGAACCGUGGCCGCAACGAACAUGAACGAGACCUCCAGUCGAUCGCACGCCGUGUUCACCCUCACCCUCACCCAGAAGCGCCAUGAUGCUGAAACCUCGAUGGACACCGAGAAAGUCUCGCGAAUCAGUCUGGUCGAUCUUGCAGGUUCGGAAAGAGCAAACUCGACGGGAGCCACCGGCGCUCGGUUGAAGGAAGGUGCCGAGAUCAAUCGAUCGCUCUCGACCCUGGGUCGUGUCAUUGCUGCGCUGGCAGACGUGGCGUCCGGGAAGAAGAAGAAUGCGUCCAUGGUUCCCUACCGUGAUUCGAUCCUCACCUGGCUGCUGAAGGACUCGCUGGGUGGUAACUCCAUGACAGCCAUGAUUGCGGCGAUUUCACCGGCCGACAUCAACUUCGAUGAGACUCUGAGUACUCUGCGCUAUGCAGACUCAGCCAAGCGAAUCAAGAACCACGCCGUGGUUAACGAAGACCCCAACGCACGGAUGAUCAGAGAACUGAAGGAGGAAUUAGCACAACUCAGAGCGAAGCUUGGUGGUGGUGUAGCGGCCAUGGCAGGCGCGGCGGCUGGCAAUCUUGCCGGUGCUGACGGAAUCCCACCCGAGGAAUCUUAUCCCCCAGACACGCCUUUGGAGAAGCAGAUGGUCUCGAUCCACCAACCCGAUGGCUCAGUUACCAAAGUCAGCAAAGCGGAGAUUGUGGAGCAAUUGAAUCAAAGCGAAAAGCUCUACAAGGACCUUAAUCAGACAUGGGAGGAAAAGAUGGCGAAGACGGAGCAAAUUCACAAGGAGCGAGAAACAGCCUUGGAGGAACUGGGUAUUAGUAUCGAAAAAGGCUUUAUCGGGCUCAGCACGCCGAAGAAGAUGCCCCACUUGGUCAAUCUCAGUGACGAUCCCUUGCUCGCGGAGUGUCUCGUGUACAAUAUCAAACCAGGAACCACGAUGGUCGGCAAUAUGGAUCAAGGUAGCCACGUGGAGAUCAGACUGAACGGCUCCAAGAUCAUGGCGGAUCACUGUAAGUUCGAGAACGUGGACAACAUCGUCACUAUAAUUCCUAGCGAGGGUGCCGCCGUUAUGGUCAACGGACUGCGCAUUGAUCAGCCCAAGCGCCUCAAAAGUGGUUUCCGCAUCAUCCUGGGGGACUUCCAUAUCUUCCGUUUCAACCAUCCGCAGGAAGCCCGUGCCGAACGAGUCGAGCAAAGCUUACUGCGCCAUACCGUCACUACAAGCCAGCUUGGCUCGCCUGCGCCUAACAAGACCCAUGACCGCACCAUGAGCAAAACCGGUUCAGAGAUCGAUGGUGAUUCAAGUAGGGCCGAUUCACCGAUGCCGUCUCAGCCCAGCAGGGAAUCCGAUUGGUUCUAUGCUCGUCGUGAAGCAGUCAGCGCUGUACUGGGGCCCGAUCACAUCUCUCACAUGCCUGAUGAUGAGCUGGACGCCUUAUUUGAAGACGUGCAGAAGGUCAGAGCAACACGGCGAGGUUUAGCGGAGAAUGAGAACGAAGAGGACAACGAGUCUGAUUCGCUAAGCUCUUUUCCUGUGCGAGACAAGUACAUGUCGAACGGUACCAUUGACAAUUUCUCACUGGACACGGCCAUCACGAUGCCCGGAACUCCUCGCCCCAACGAUGACGAUGAGGGACAAAAUGGAGCCGAUGCGACUCUGCAAUCUGUGCGUCAGGACAUGCAGCGGCAAUUGGACCGCCAAAAAGAGGAGUAUCAAGACAAACUGAGAAAUGCAGAGACCUCAUCUACUCAAGACGUCGAAGAUCUCCGCUCUGAGAAGAUCCGGAUGGAGGAGGCCUUGCGGACAGCGAAAGAGGAAUUCGAGGAACAACUGAGAAGACAGAAAGAGGAAUUCGAGUCCCACAUGAAAGAUUUAGGUCAACCGGUGCCCAAGGUCUAUGAGAAUGGCUUCGCCAAACUCGACGCCCGGGAACUCGAAAUUGCACGUUCGGUUCAUCGCCACUGGUCUCAGCAGAACUACGUUCGCAUGGCCGAGAAGGUGUUGCAGUACGCUUCGCUACUGAAAGAGGCUCAGGUUAUGAGUCAGAUAAUGGAUAAGAAUGUUGUAUUUCAGUUCGCGAUCAUCGAUCAUGGGCACAACAUGGCCUCGUCUUACGAUCUUGUACUGAACGGUAUCUCAGGCGAUGAGGACGUCGUUUUGGACGAUGCUCGAAAACCGUGCGUAGCUGUCCGCGUUAUCGACUUCAAGCAGUGCGUGAUUCAUCUCUGGUCCAUCGAGAAGCUUCAGCGUCGCCUGCAAGCUAUGCGCCAGCUACACCAGUACAUCGACCGUCCGGAUUAUAUUCAGCACUUUAAGCUCGAAAAUCCCUUCUCCGAAUCCUGCUCGCCUCAGUACUCGCUUGUUGGCGAUGCCGACAUUCCGCUCACGGCUGUCUUUGAGACUCGUGUCCAGGACUUCUCGGUCGAAGUUUUCUCACCGUAUACGCAGAACGUCAUCGGCAUUAUUCGGCUGUCUCUGGAACCAUCCUCCGCUCAGGCCCCAUCCUCCACGCUCAAAUUCAACGUUGUCAUGCGGGAUAUGGUUGGGUUUGCGGAAUGGGAAGGCUCGGAGGUACACGCUCAGCUGGUGGUCCCUGGGAUCUCCGAGGAAGGCGGUGCUACUACGACGCAGAUGAUCAGCGGCUUUGAUGAAGCCCCGGUCCGAUUUGAAAGCGUCCACAGCAUGAGCUUGCCACUAUCCAGCCCGCGCAGCGCUGCCCUCAAGAUUUGUGUGUAUGCGCGUGUGACCCAAAUGCACCUCGACAAACUUCUUAGCUGGGAUGACAUGCGUGACUCGGCUGAGCCAACCCCGAAGAAAAGGAAGACGCCACGGAUUGCCGAGACGGAGUUCUACUCGGAAGAGCGACACGACGUCUUUGCCCGAGUGCAGAUCCUCGAGUUGGCGGAAUCUGGUGAAUACCUUCCAGUCGAGGUUGUUCAAAGCAAUAGCCUCGAUGCAGGCACAUACCAGCUGCAUCAAGGCCUGCAGCGUCGGGUCAUGGCGAAUCUGACCUACAGCUCAACCGAAAGUCUCCCGUGGGAUGAUUUGACAAACAUUCGCGUGGGAUCUGUGCGGUUGCUGGAUCCAUGGGGCAAGAUUCCUGACCAAGACCUGCAGACUCCAGACGUGCCAUUGAAAUUUGUCCAGGAGCCAGGUGUGAAGGAGAACGCAGACGGGACUUCCAACAUUACCAUUGUUGGUCAAUGGGACUCUAGUUUGCACGGGUCUUUGCUUCUCGACCGAGUCACCGCGGACAAGUAUCGCGUCCAGGUGACUUUGAGGUGGGAUCUGAUUUCUUCACGUUUGCAAGACCCAGUACCCUUUGAGAUAGACUUGACUCUCCAGAUUCAGGGUCGGACGUAUGUGCGACCGCAAUCCAUGUUCAAACAAUUCUUCAAUACGACGCGAAUUGUGCACUCUACUGUCCGCAUGUUUUCCCUGGUUGUGCGACCAGUCUCUGCCAAGCGUGCCGCCGACCUGUGGCGCAUGAACACACAGAAUGACUACGUCAAGGGCGAGGAGUUGCUGACUACGUGGUCCCCACGCAAGGUGUCGCUUGUGCGGGAUUACAUUGCUGUGCGCAAACGCCGCCGCCGCAUAGCCGAGUUGUAUGCUGCGAGGGGAGCUCUGAGUGCCAACAGUCUGGUGGCUUCGCCUAUGCGCAGCGGACGCUCGACCCCUCUGCGCAGCCAAGACCGCGCCGGUCGCGAUGCGAGACUUUUGCAGAAGUAUCUCGAUCUGUGGGCCAAGAGGACUGAUCCCAUUGAUGCGAUUCUUGUUCGGAGCAACACCGAGCCUCCUGCAGGCGGGGCGGCUUCUUCUCGGGCCCGACAAGCUUCGUCCAGCGAUGAUGGCAACUCCAGCUCCGCCUCCGACGAGGCCUCCUUGAAGCCGCGAUUCGUAGCUACGAUCCAGACUCUGCCCAAGAACACCUCUGCGCUGAAGUCGGGAUAUCUGCUCACUCCGGACGAUACCAACCGCCACUGGGUGAGACGUUUUGUUGAGCUUCGCCGACCUUAUCUCCAUGUCCACUCUGUCCCUGACGGGGACGAGAUCAAUGCCAUCAACCUUCGCAACGCGCGAGUGGACCACUCCCCGGACUUUGCACGACUUCUCGAUGGUCCGGGCACGGGGGACCGCGGAUCUCGGGGUCGUCAUGUGUUUGCGGUGUAUGGAUCGCAGAAUACGUUUUUGUUUGCCGCGCGAACGGAAGCUCAAAAGGUGGAGUGGAUCUUGAAGAUCGAUGAAAGCUACUUCAACAAUGCGGGGGCGCGGGCGAUGACGAAUGGUGGUUGAGUCAUUUGUCGGUUCUUCCCCCCGAUUCCCCUCUGUAAUAC